GUGGGCCGGUGGAGGGAGGGACUCUGACAGGCGGCGGACUUCAGCUUGGUGUGUUUUUCUGAAACGGACCAAAUAAAGGCCAGCAUAUCCGAAAUGUGCAGCGCGGUGGAGGAAAGCGCGCUGAUUAAAGCGCUGAAAGAGCUGGUGAGCGCUGGUCGCGCUUUUCUCGGCGGGGUGGAGAAGGAGCUGGUCCAGGGUGGAUCUCAGGAAGAUAUCGCUAAUCAGAUAAUCCAUCCAAUGUUUGGCCUGAUGGCGGCAGGUGCCACUUUCUUCAACAGUCUUUCUGUGAAAACCAAGGGUGAAGCAGAGAGUCUGUGGGAGCAGCACUUUCAGAACUCAGAGGUCCGGGACAACGUUGAAGAAUUGCUACAGCUGGAAGCAGAGUGGGAUGGGUUUCUGGCCCGCUUGGACUCUCAGACCCAGAUGAGUGAUCAGACACUUUCACUUGUUCCGCCAGCACACGCUUUAAGCCCUGACAUACAGCUCACUAAUGUUAGGACUAAAAAAAGUGUAUCUCUGGGUCAGUUUCUGGGCAAGGGGCAGAAACUGCUGCUGGUUCUGCUCAGGCAUUUCGGAUGACUGCCGUGACGAGACCACCUGACUGAGCUUCAGGACAACAAGGCUGUCCUCGAGGCUCGGUCUGUGCAGGUUGUGGUGGUUUCGUACGGUUCUUUGGAGGGAGCAGAGUUUUGGUUGACUCAGACCGGCUAUGAGUUCGACAUGGUCUUUGAUCCUGAGCGUAAGGUCUAUCAGGCAUUCUCUCUGGGCUCCUCCUUUGCUAAAGUUACGAGGUUUAGCAACAUGCUACGCUACUCGGAAUACUAUGUGUCGAGGCGGAGCUUUCCCCAGAUUCCACCGCAGUUUAUUGAAGACCUUUUUCAGAUGGGUGGUGAUUUUGUGCUGGAUGAAGGAGGUACAGUGAUCUUUUCCCACCAGUGUGAGAGCCCAGUGGACCGGCCUUCGGUUCAAAACAUCCUGGCUGCCCUGUCGGCCUCUUCUUAACACUUGAUUCUUCUGCUUGGAGCAACAGUUCAUAUCCCCCAUGCCUCAUUUUCUUCAAAUGCCAGUGAUAAGACAGUGUUUACUGUCUUACAUUCGUGUCUUUAAUUUUGCACAUAAAUUAAUAUAGGCUAUGUAACAUUGGUAACAAGAAACGAAAAUUAGUUUUUUACCACACCAAUUGGCAUUGUGUUAAUUGUUCGGCUCUUGUCAUAAUUUUUUCCUGCUUAGAAUCUGAAACAGCUGAAACUACUACAACACUUGUCAUAUAAAUAAAGGAUUUUAAUGUUGAGCUUUUGCAGUUUAAAAAGUCAUAUACAAAAAAUAAGAGACCACUGCAGUUUCUAAAUCAGUUUCUCUGAUUUUGCUAUUUAUAGGUAUGAACAUUGUUGUUUUGUUCUAUAAACUACGAACAUUUCUCCCAAAUUCCAAACUAAAAUUGUCAUUAAGAGCAUUUAUUUGCAGAAAAUGAGAAAUGGCUGAAAAAAAGAUGCAGAGCUUUCAGACCUCUAAUAAUGCAAAAAAAAACAAGUUCGUAUUCAUAAAGUUUUAAGAGUUAGAAAUCAAUAUUUGGUGUAAUAACCCUGGUUUUUAAUCACAGUUUUCAUGCGUCUUGGCAUGUUCUCCUCCACCAGUCUUACACACUGCUUUUGAAUAACUUUAUGCCACUUCUGGUGCAAAAAUUUAAGCAGUUUAGCUUAGUUUGAUGGCUUGGGAUCAUCCAUCUUCCUCUUGAUUAUAUUACAGAGGUGUUCAAUUUGGUAAAUUUAAAGAAACUCAUCAUUUUUAAGAGGACUUAUUUUUUUCCAGAGCUGUAUAAUCCUAAAGUUUGGCUGAAAUCACACUGUCAGCCGAGUAUCUGCAAUAAAAAUCAUUUGUACUGUCACACAGUGUCUGGAAAAUCAGCCACGUGUACCAAGGUGUUUUUUUUUCCCAGAGCUCUACCUCAGUAAUCAUCAACAGCAAAACAGCUGCUUAGAGGCUUUUCCUGCUUUAACACCUUAUUCACCCAGUAAUGAUCAAGACCUUCAGGAGUCCAGUCAGUUUGAGUUCAUUUGAGAAGUAGCUUAGCAUACGUUCACUUUUCAGAGAAGAAGUGAAUUCUGCAGACUCCAGAAAGAGACAUAACUGUACCAGAGGCUGUGAGAAUGACGAGGUGACUCUAAUUCAGGUAGAAGAGUCACUUCUGAAACAAUUGCACAUCUUCUGGUCCACUCAGCUUCUCUCUUAUAGAGUCUGCAGGUGCGCUUAUUCUAAUUAAUUCUGGCUAAUCAACACAGCCAUGUAUUAUUAAUCACACUAUUUUUACAGAUCACACUAAUUUCAGUAUGACUAGCACAAUAUACAUUUUUACAGCUGCUGAAUAAAUGUGAAGCAUGGAACAAUGGAUAAUAAAUGUUUUAAUGGUUUAAAACAA